AUGGGUUGGGGCAGGGGAUCGUCAUCUCCCUCGCCAUCUGCGGCAUCUUCUUAUUUGUCGUCUUCGUCUGCGACCGGUGCGGCGGAAGACGGCGCCGGUGAGAGGUGUGCGACGAGGAGAAUGGUGACCUCGAGUUGCAGGACCGAGGAGGUCGAUGGGAGGCUCAUCCGAAAGUGCGAGAAGACAGAGAAGCUCCUCCGCGAAUGCGUCGGCAGGUCGGUGCCCCUGGAUCUAUCCUCUGACUCUUCUCUCUCACUCCCUUUGAUUCUUUGCGGCAUGGAUUCGCGACCUCCGCAUCCGUUGUGCGGUCGGGAAUUUCGUUUCCUUGGUGAUGAACUAUUGGUAUGCGAUUCUCCUCCCGGAUAAUCAUUCUCGAGUUAAGUUUCUUCAUAUAGAUCGAUGUUCUAGAGUGAGUGAAGAUUCCUAGUUUCUUGAUUCCGGUGCCGAUGAAGAGAAACCAGAGUUUCUUUCGUCUUCAUCAUCCCUAGUGCGGGAGGUUCAACCGAUGGAUCCUACCUACAAAUUUCUUUCGAAUUUAUUAAAUAUAGGGGUAAUUGUCGACGAUCUGUGGUAGCUUAGACCUAGAACUUCGUCUGUUGAGACCAAUACAGGUUGUGAUAUCAGAUAAGCGUCAGUUGUUGCUUUUAGCUUCUCUGUUUGAGAAUAAAUUGAAAAAAGAUGUAUGGAAACCAACACCAGGAAUUAAGAACAAGGCUUAUCUUGUGUGCCAUUUGCGACUGUCUUUGGUUUAGAUACUGAAGAGGGCGAACCAUUCAACUGAACAUGCUGAACAUGUACUUUUUCACAAGUUGAAAGAUCACAGCUGACAAAGUUACCAUCUAUUUCUUUAUUUCACAUAUGGUUGCGUGGCCCCGUUGAUCUUUUUUUCACUACUUGUCAUUUUCUUCACGAAGCCUAAAAAUUAUUAUGAUGAGUGGUGCUUGCCCUUUCAUGGACUCGGAAUAAAUUCAUAACCCUAACAGGGGCUGAACUUAUUCGAGCCCAAUUAUAGAUGGACCAGUCUUGGUCAAACCGCCGACCGAGGUCAAAGCUCGGGGUUUUGUCGAUGCAACCGGAAGUCGCCCACUGGCAUCCUGAAUAUUGGGUGAUCAAGUAACUUGACAUUUGUAAAAAGCAGUCAUCGAAAAUUUUGUGCACCGUUGGUUAGACAUUGUAGGUCCUCCCCCCCCCCCCCCCCAGAAAAAAAAUAAAAAUAAAAAAGACCUGCUGAUCAAAGUGAUGAAAAUGUUGAUUAAUUAGUGCUCAAGCAUGAUAAAAGCUUUUGCAAGGGUUCAGGAUUUAGCUUUUUCAGACCACAAGUCGCGCUCUGAUAUCCAUAAAUGGUUAAUUUCUGUUGGUUUUUUUUAAAAAACUUCUGAUCAAAGUGAUGAAAAUGUUGAUCAUUUACUGCAUAAGCAUGAUAAAAGCUUCAGCAAGGGUUCAAAAGGUUUGAUUAGACUUAGUUUUUUCAGACCACAAGUCUCGCUCUGAUUUCCAUAAAUGGUGUGCGCAUUAUGUUGGUCAAUGUUGUCUUCUGUAACAUCUCGUCCAAAGGAUAUCGAGUUCAUAAAAAGGUUAAAAGAGUUGGUAGCUAUGAACAAGUCCAUUAGCUCAGAAAGUGCGGUGAUAGAAUAAUUCUGAUGCUGAUACCAAGCUGCUUCUGGACGGUAUAUCCGCAGGGCGGGUUUCUACAAGAGGUUUUUUAUUCUUGCUGGGCAUCAAUCUUUCAAGAGACGGCCGCGUAUGUGAUGAAGGUUUCAAGUCGUUGAUUUUGGGUAGCUUGCAGAUCUUCCUUCUUCUGUGUGAGAAUAGUUUUGAUCCGGGAUUGUUUUCUGACCGGGAUCAGCUGGUUUUCGGCAGAAGUCUUUAUUUUUUAUAUUUUGUUAUAAUCUGAGAUAAUCAUAUGAUUCUUCACAAUUCGGAUGCCCUCUCCACUUGAAGGAGGGAUUGGGAUCGUACUGUUUCUUCCAGGCCGCUCAUUAUUCAUUCCAAAAACCAUGUGAAAGUUUGUUGACGUCUGGAGCUCUCUCUGGCAAUCAGAGAUGGAGGCAGAGGGAAUGGAGGCGCCGGUAGAUGCUCUCCAGAAGAUGUCUGAGUAGUAACCGGUGGAACGUGGAGAAGAUGACAGAAAGGGCUAGAAGAUGACUCGAAUUCAUCAUCUCCGCUUCUGUUCAGCCGGAGCGAAUCCUCUUCUUGAGCAUUAUUCAGAACAUGUUCCAGUGAAAGAUGAUUCCUUUCACUGGAAGGAAGUUCGUGGUACUCUCUGUCUCCUUUUUGCUGUAUUUAUUCGCGGGCUAUUUGCCUCAGGCCCGCGGAAGUCGUGGAGUCGACCACGGAGCAUACGGAAGACGACGUCACGGACAGGCCCCGGUACGCAUUGGGCGGCGGCGGAGGCGUAGGCGGCAGUGGCGAAGGCGUAUUUGGGUUCCCGGGGCUGCGGAGCGACGUGGAGGCGAUACAGCAGACCUUGGAGGGCGGUCUCAGCCACUUCCUCCAGAUGGCGGAGGAGAUGACCGGCGAGUUCUUCGGGGUCCCCUGGCACCGCCACCGCGACCCGCCGCCGCCGGUGGAGGACCGGGGGGGGUCUCCGCCGGGUCAUGCUGUGUACGGAGAUGACCUCCCUGGCCAGCUCACAGAUGUUUAG